CUGAUAGACCGAGCCACCAGCCCUCGCGAUGAAGAUGAUCCCAAAGCUGAGCAGAAGACCGUGGAGGAGAGCUGGCAGGACUUGGCCUUGAUCAAGGCGACGCCAAAACCUCCCAAAAAGCAGAGAAGGGAAGACCUCAGCGAGCCCCUGCUCUCUCCAGCUCGGCCGCCGGUGCCAGAGCCCAGGGUCUUCUCUGCCCCUCCGGAGGCUCCUCGGGUGGAAGCCAGCCCUCCGCGCUGCCUCACACUGCAGGAGAAGCUCCUCUCGCACUACAGCAGCCGGCUGGCCGUGCCCGAGGCGCAAGCAUCCCUCGCCCCGCAGCUGGCCAGGAGCAUCUGCGUCCAACUGCAGAACUUCUUGCGGAGCAAGUGCCCGGAGCUGCCUUUCGGCAGCCUCUUCCUCAGCGGUCCCCUGCUCGACGGCCUCGGGGUUCUGGCGGCCGACCACAUCCACCUCAUGCUGCCGGUGGUCCUUGACGCCGCGCUCUGGAGCCUCAUCCCGGGAGAGGACACCGUGGUGAGGAACCCCCAGUACUGGAUGAUCAAGAGGACUGAUCUGGAGUAUUUCCCUCGUGGGCGCAGCCCCUGGGACAGGUUCAUCGUGGGCCGGUACCUCUCCUCCAAUGUGCUCAGCGAGACCCUCCACAAGAUGUUGGUGGCCUCCAUCAACUGGCCUGCCAUAGGCAGCCUGAUGGGGAGCGUCAUCUACCCGGUCGUGGCCUCCCAGGAGUUGAAGCUGGAAGUCAAACACGAUCAGGUCGAGCUGAGCAUCACCCUCUUCCCGGUGGUGGAAAUGGAGGACAAGGUUCUUCUGGCUGCUCCUCCUGAAGGACUGGUGGAAAACCUCUGGCUUGAGAGCUUUUACAGGGCAGAGGUCUCGAAGGUGAAGGAGCUGGAUGCCGGCGACUCCGGGGCUCGGCAGCACUGCCUCUGCAUCCUGAACGGCAUCUGCAAGAGCCAUCCCACCCUGCACAAACUGAGUGGCAGCCCCUUGACCCACGUCAUCCUUCACCUCAGUGCCACCAGUUCGGACUGGGCAGAAGAAAACCUUGCUGACAGGUUCCAGCAGGUGCUUGAGGAGCUGGUAGGCUACCUGGAGAAAGGGGUCCUGCCUUCCUAUUUCAACCACAAAAUCAACCUCUUCUGCGAGCUGUUGGAAGAGGAAAUCGAUGAGAUGGGCUUUAUGCUCUACAGAGCACUUGCAAGAACUGAAGUGAUUUAUGCUUUUUAUUAA